AUGUUGGUGAUUUAUAUGUAUUCAUGGAAAUCAUCUUAUAUUAAGGACGAGGAAAGUGAUGAUGGAUACUUACUGCAAUUUGUUGGACAAAAGAGCUUUUUAACGAAAAGUGACAAACUUCUAAUAACCUAUAGUGAUGUGCGUUCAGCGUUCGAUAACUAUAGAAGUCCACGAUUUGUCCUUCGCCGUAAAAGCAUAGUGUUAUUGGAUUACGUGAAACCAAGACCUAUUCAUAAGAUUAGUGUUGAAUUCACGGUAUACUGCGGUAAAACUUCAUUAGUCCGAAAAGCUUCAGCUAAAGUGCCGACCCAUAAUCCACGUUGGGUAGAUGAAAUGAUAUCUUUCGAUUUGUAUAUGAAGGAUUUGCCACCAGCAGCAAUUCUUACGGUUCAUUUGGUGGAGACGAAGAUUAGGAAAGGAAAGGUACCGCCAGAAGAUCGCGUUCUUGGAUGGGUGAAUAUACGUUUACUUGAUUGGCGUGGUGAGCUUCUACAAGGUUUAGUGACGUUGAACCUAUGGGGUGGAGAGCCAGAAAUUCCGCCGUAUGGUAGAAUUGGAAACAACGACAAAAAGCUCGGUUCAAAUUGUCGUUUGGUUAUUGAGCUAAACCGUUAUCGUUCACCAAGGGUACGAAUGCCGGAAAGCAGCCAGUUUGCUCCUUUUGUGCGAUUUAUUCGCUCGCUUGAAAAGCCACAGAGGAUGGUCCGCUUUCAAGUUUUUGCAAUCAUGCAUUAUGUCAGCGAACACAUCCCGGAUGCACUUCUUCUCAUAGCAGAAUCUGAGGUGACUUGGCGUAAGCGUGAGCACUUCACCGAACUCUACGUGAUGCUAGAAAGUUGGGGGCGGCUCACUGUUGGAACGGCGUUAUGUAUUCUCGGCAAAAAAUGUAUGGACCCAAUGAUUCGUCGGUUUGCUGUCAAUCAGUUGGAACUUACGCUCGAUAACCAAACUUUUCCGUUGUUCAUGCUUCCAUUCAUUCAAGCGUUGAAAUGCGAGGCGUUCUCGUACACUCCACUGUCAUGUUUGCUUUUGAAAAAAGCGUUAUACGACUACCGAAUUGGACACAAAUUCUUUUGGUUGUUGAGAGCGGAAUUGGCCAAUCUAAAAGAUUCAGAUGGCAAUAUAACAGAAAUGUAUAGACGAUUCGCUCUUUUGAUAGAAGCAUAUCUGCGCGGAAAUGACGAGCACAUUCGAACAGUGUUGAAACAGGUCGAAAUGGUUGAUCUUCUGAACAGGCUGAGUAUUGUUGUCAAGGGAAUUCGUGAGAAGGAUGCUGCAACUGAGCGCCUACGAGAAGAGCUACGGAAUCAUUGUCCAAGCUUGGAAAAAAUUGACUCCCCGCUCGAUCCAGGGAAUUCACUUGGCUGCUUGCGAAUCGAUAAAUGUCGAGUGUUAGGUAGUGCGAAGAUGCCGUUGCUGCUCUCUUGGCAAAAUCGUAGCCCUCUUUCUGAAUAUUACCUUCCCACAUAUGAAAUCAUCUUUAAGAAUGGAGAUGAUUUACGUCAGGAUAUGUUGGUGUUGCAAGUUCUGGAAGUGAUGGACAGUAUUUGGAAAAGAAAUCAGCUUAAUUGUUGUUUAAGCAUAUACCCUGUUCUUCCUAUGGGAACCAAAUAUGGUAUGAUUGGUGUUGUACCAAACUGUUCUACCAUCUUCGAAAUUCAAUCUGAGGGUGGUAAGGUGGGAGUGGCUGUUAAAUCGCUCGAAACAACAUUCAUUAACCGCUAUAUAAAGAACAAUGCUGGUUCUACAAGGAAGUACAUGGAGUGUGUUGACAGAUUUUUGAUGUCUUGCGUUGGUUAUUCGGUUGCUACCUUUAUUAUGGGAAUAAUGGAUCGGCAUAAUGACAACAUAAUGAUGACAAACGAUGGGAAGCUUUUUCAUAUAGAUUUUGGUCAUAUUUUGGGCCACGGAAAGACUAAGCUAGGCAUUAAGCGGGAUCGUGUGCCCUUUGUUCUCACUGAACACUUCCUUUGUGUUAUUGGACAAGGUCGACCUGUAUCAAGGGAUAGCCAUGAGGUUGCAAAAUUUAAGAGGCUGUGUUGUGAUGCUUAUAUGAUGUUAUGGGAGAAACGCGAUCUCUUUCUUUCACUUUUCACUGUGAUGCAAACAAUGGAAUUGCCUGAGUUGUCGACCGAUUCCGAUUUGGACCACUUAAAGUUGCGUUCCAUAAUGGAAUGGCAGCUGAAGCACGAAACUUUUUCUCUGAAGUGUUCGAUGAAGCUUUCAACGGCUCAUGGGCCACAAAGACCAACUGGUUUUUUCAUGCUGUCAAGCACAUAUAGGUUGUUUUACUCACUAGUUUCAGCACAUAUUAGCUAG